UGCUGCUGCUGCUGUGGAGGCCCAGAUGGCAGGUCUGAGGAUCGGAUCCGGAGCGACAGGGACCCGACAGAGGGGACUCCCAGCAGCCCUCGCUCUCCUCACGCUGCUCACCUGCUGCGUCAGGUGUGCGGAACCGCGCGUAAAGCCGAGCAACAUCAUCCUCAUCCUGGCCGACGACCAGGACGUUCAGCUGGGGGGGAUGACCCCGAUGAAGAAAACUAAAGCUUUAAUCGGAGACGCAGGAGCAACGUUUGUGAAUGCAUUCACCGUCACGCCGCUGUGCUGCCCCAGCCGGAGCAGCGUACUGACGGGCCAGUACCCGCACAACCACGAGGUGAGGAACAACUCGCUGUCCGGGAACUGCUCCAGCCUUCAGUGGCAGAAAGGGCCCGAGGCCGAGGCCUUCCCCGUCUACCUCAACAAACUGAAGUACCAGACGUUCUUCGCUGGGAAAUACCUGAACCAGUAUGGAAAGAAAGACGCAGGAGACGUUGGCCACGUUCCACCUGGCUGGGAUCAGUGGCAUGCACUGGUGGGGAACUCGCAGUACUACAACUACACACUCUCCGUCAACGCCAAAGAAGAAAAGCACGGAGACAGUUAUGAGAAGGACUACCUCACAGACCUCAUAACGAACCGGUCCCUGAACUUCCUGGACAACAGGAGCCCUCAGCAUCCGUUCUUCCUGAUGCUGUCUCCUCCGGCUCCUCACUCGCCCUGGACGGCGGCGCCGCAGUACCAGAAAGAGUUCGGCGACGUUAAAGCCCCUCGAGAUGGGAGCUUUGACAAACCGGGGAAGGACAAACACUGGCUGCUGCGUCAACCGAUCAACCCCAUGCCGAGCAGCACACUGGACUUCCUGGAUAAUGCUUACAGGAGAAGGUGGCAGACCCUGUUAUCUGUGGAUGACAUGGUGGAGUUGCUGCUGAAAAAACUGGAAAGUAUAAAAGAACUGGACAACACUUACAUCUUCUACACCUCUGACAACGGCUACCACACAGGUCAGUUCUCUCUACCCAUCGAUAAGAGGCAGCUGUAUGAAUUUGACAUCCGGGUUCCACUCAUGGUCCGCGGUCCUGGCAUCAAACCAAACCAGACGCUGCAGGCUCCUGUGUUGAAUAUUGAUCUGGCUCCCACCAUACUGGACAUAUCUGGUGUCAACCUGUCUACUGUGAAUGUGGAUGGACAGUCUUUCCUCUCUCAGAUGGCCCCUUCACUGCGUAACGGCACUGCACGGCCGUUUUUCCUUGUUGAAUACACUGGGGAGGGACAUCCAACAACAGAUCCUGCUUGUCCCAAACUAGGUCCUGGACUGUCUCAAUGUUUCCCAGACUGCGUGUGCGAAGACGCCUUCAACAACACCUACGCCUGCGUCCGGACCCUCGACGGUCAACAAAACCUUCAAUACUGCGAGUUCGCAGACAGCGAGUCGUUCGUGGAGGUGUACAACCUGACGUCAGACCCCCACCAGCUGGAGAACAUCGUGAAGAAGGUGGAUCCGACCAUCCUGCAGGCGAUGAACCAGCGGCUCAUAAAGUUGCAGUCCUGUGCGGGCGACAGCUGCCGCGACACGAAGUGAAGGAGCUCCAAGAAGGUGCCAAACAGACCAUGUAGUACUCCCAUUGGAGUCUGAGUGUUUGGUCAACUUUUACCACAAGUAUGAUGAUUCGAGAGGCGGUUCUUUAUAACAAUGUUUUCCUACUGUGAAAUUUUGACGUCUCAGAAGGAAAAGUGCAAAUAAUCAGAUUAAUGAUGGUUUAAUGAAUUCUAUUUAGCUGCUUCAGUUUCAGGGUCCUGGUGUUGUGCUGUGCCGGCUCACUGUCACACUGUCAUGGUUUACUGGGACACUUAAGUAGAACAGAGCCAUCGUUAAAGGAAAAAUUCGACAUUUUGGGGAAAUGCACUCACUUGCUUUAUUGCCACUCGAGGGUUGACCGUAUACCGGGACCCUUAACGCACAUUCAUGUAUGUUCUUAUGCAAACAGGUGUUUUUAUCAAGACUGGGGACCAUUAGUCAGACGCUUAGUGCAACAUGGACGCCAUUAACGCAGCAUAUUACAAAGGAGUAAGCUUCCUGGAGCUCUUUAGAAAAGGCUAACUGUUAACAUGCCGACACUAUUAGCAUACCGACAAGUUCUGUCAAAAAACAUUGCAAGCUUCACACUUGCAGCUAUAAGAUUAAAUGUGUUUUAUUAUUUUAAUAGUGGUAAUGUUGAAACCGUGUAAUCGUCCUGGAGCUCUUUAGAAAAGACAGACUUAAUCUGCACACAAACAAAAGUGUAAAAUACACGUAUUCGCUUCCUUACUGAGCGUUAGAUGAACAGAUUGGUACCACGCUCAUAAAUGCUAAAUGUGUAGAUGGAGCCAGCAGCCGGUUAGCUUAGCUUAGCACAAAGACUGGAAACGGGGGGGAACAGCUAGCAUGGCUCUGUGCUAAGGUAAUAAAAUUCGCCUCACAGCAUCUCUAAAGCUCACUAAGUUUGAUGUUGCUGGACAACUUGCUAAUAAGCUUAUUUCCCAAAAUAUCAAACUUUUCCUUUAAUUUCAUUAAUAACACACUUGUGGUUUUCCUCCUGUGACAAGUCAAAAUAUCUGAUGUGAAAAAUAUCUAUUUUUUUCUGAGCUGUGCUCAUAUAUCUCAUACUUCUUAGUUUAUUAUAUAUUCUCUUAAGAUACACUCUUUGCCCGGUUCAUAUUGUGCAGACAGGACUUCCUCUAUCUAUAAACUGCACUAUACUUUAACUCUUCACAGGUUCGGGGUUCAAUAUGCACAUUUAAACAUUUUCACAGAAAUAAUUCCAGUAUUUGUCGCAUAGUUUUGUUCUGAAAUGAAACACAACCAAAGAUUCGCUGGUCCACUGUAGCUGUCUUUAAUCCAA